GCUCAGCUCACUGUCAAUUCGAGAGCUGCGACGAGUACGCUCGCGUCUAUUACGUGGUGUGUUUACGUGAAGUGGAUUCUGUGGUGAGAUUAUCGAAUGUCGUAAAGUGAAAGAUAGUGUUGUUUGGUCAAGUGCAACUUAUGUGUUCGAAAGAUUUUAUAUGGUGUAGUUGAAGUGAAUCAAAAUGUGUGAAGCACCGUGGUGUGCAAAAUUGAUUUUUGCCACGUAGUGACGCGAACGGGUGAAUGAUUCCUAAUGUGGAGUUCGAAGCAAGAUGGUUAGAGAGACUCGGCACCUGUGGGUUGGAAAUUUACCCGAUAACAUUCGCGAGGAUCGAAUAAGGGAGCACUUCAAACGCUAUGGCCGAGUCCAGAAUGUCAAGUUGCUGGGUCGAACGGAGAACGCAAGCGCGCUGUCGGGCGGGAGCGCGAUUAGUGGGUGCGGUAUUUGUGCCACAGUGGCCUUUAUGGACAUUAAGUCCGCAUCGAAGGCCCACAACGCGGAACACGUGCUCGACGACCGCACCCUUACCACCGAGUACUACGAGCCGGCCGCGAUACCGACGGCGGCAGGAGCGCCCUCUGCCGGCUCGUCACCCGCCGGCUCCGGAUACUCAGGUUCUUCGUCCUCCGUGAACUCAGCGCCCAACCCACCCUCCACAUCGCGCUACCAUCUUUCGGGCGGCGAAGAUAGCACUAGCAACUCGUGUGCGAUUGUGGCGACGGCGGCGGCCCCGGCAAACUGGCGAGGUACCAACGACAGCGCCACCGACUACUGCCGGCGCGGCAACACGCCAGUCACAUACGGCAGGACGACACCUCACCACCGAUGGUACGCGAGCGGGGAGCGCACGAGCGGGGGCGGGGGCGGGGGCGGCGGCGGGGAGAGCACGCCCAGCACGCCGGGCGGCGCCGACAGCGGGCGGCGGCGGCGCCCGUCCGGCUCCGGCUCCUCGCGCUCCGAGUCCAGCUCGCCCGAGCCCUCCGACACCUCGCGCGCCUCCACGCCCGCGCAGCCGCCGCCGCACACGCCGCACCACAACGCGCACCGCACGCCGCCCGGCAUGCAACACCAGUGGGCAUCGACUGCAAGCGGGAGACCUCUGGCCAUUUGUGUCCGAAAUCUUCCGACAAGGUCGACGGAUAGUUCCCUUAAAGAUGGUCUCUACCACGAGUACAAGAAACACGGGAAGGUGGUGUGGGUGAAGGUGGUCGGUCAGAACGCAGAUCGAUACGCAGUGGUCCGUUUUAAGAAACCGUCCGACGUAGAGAAGGCACUUGAAGUGUCUCAAGAUAAGCUUUUUUUUGGGUGUAAGAUCUCAGUGGCACCUCACCAAAGUUGCGAUGAAGAUGCGGAUUCAGCCAAACCUUACGAGACUGAUAUUGAUGAAUACCAUCCGAAGGCGACUAGGACGUUAUUUAUUGGUAAUUUAGAAAAAGAUGUAACGCAACAACAAUUGAGAGAUAAAUUUAAACACUUCGGACGAAUAAUAGAAAUCGAUAUCAAGAAAGGGAGCGGCGGAGGCGCGGGCUACGCGUUCUGUCAGUACGCGUCAAUAUCGAGCGUGGUGGAGGCCAUCCGUGCCAUGGACGGCGAGUACGUGGGCGGCUCGCGGGUCAAGCUGGGCUUCGGCAAGCCCGUCGCCACCACCUGCGUGUGGGUCGACGGGCUCACUGAGCACACCGAGAAACAGGUGCUAGGCGCGGUGUCGCGGUGCGGCGCGGCGACGUCGGUGUGCGUGGACCGCGCGGCGGGCGCGGCGCUGGUGCACUUCGAGCAGGCCGCGGCCGCCGGCGCCGCCGUGCGCGAGCUGCGCCGCGUGGCCGCGCAGGCCUCCGCCGCCGAGCCCGACCACCCGCGUCUUUGCGUCGACUACGCGUCCCGGGAGUGCCAGGAUGCGUUUUACGAGCAGUUGGAGAAACAUGGCGGUUCAGCGGCGUUGUCUGGCACCGAGAGACUGAGUGGCGAUGCAGCCACGCGAUAUACGUCAACACGUCACGAUCCGCUACGAUACGAGAGCUGCGGCUCGAGGUCGCGGGCGUCGAGCUACGGGCGCGGCUCGUCGCGGACUCCGCGCUACUCCACGCUGGAGCACUACGAUUCGUCUGAGUACGCGACGGAUCGACGAUACAGGGUAUAUGAUGAAGUCGGUUCAAGUCCUCAGACGGAAGAUGCACCUUACGAAGACAGACUACAGUCUGUAGUCGUCUCGCCGCACCGAGCUCGUAAACACCGCCGGGACUCGAGCCCGGAGGAUCGAAAACAUUCUAAGGAACGGCAUCGAAGCGCAAGCGGAACGACACGGCGGUCGCGAUCGGGGUCGCGCAGCGGGUCGGGCUCCCGGGCACCGAGCCACGCCACGCGGCGGCGCCACCGACGCCGACGCGACGGCUCCUCGUCGCGCGGCUCCCGCGCCGGCACGCCGCUGCGCGACGAGCUCGACGCCGCGCCCGCCGAGCCGCGCCGCCCGCCCCGCGAGCGGCCGCCGCUGCCCAUGUCCCUGCCGCUGCCCAAGUUCGCCGCGCAGCUGCUGCGCUCCGCCGCGCCCGCGCCGCGGCCCUCGCCCGCGCCCGCGCUCGCGCCCGCCUCCCCGCCGCGCCCGCCCUCCGCCUCCUCCUCCAGCGGCGGCGAGGCGCCCCACGAGCCCUCGCUCGAGGAGCGCAUCCGCAGCCUCGACGAGAAGUACGAGAAGUGGAGCGGCUGUCGCGCGCUCGCCGACGCGCCCGACCGCUCGAGGCUGCGGCACCGCCUGCUCGAAGUCGACAUCAACGAGGUGAAGCCGUCGGACGUAGUGCGCUCGCUGCUGGCCAAGCGGUCCGUCUUCGACGAGGAUUCGGAGCGACUCGAGGGCGCCGUGCGCGCGCCCAGUCCGGCCUCGAGUCCGCGAGCGCGGGCGCCGCCGGUGGUGCCGCGCGCGCUUCGCUAUCCGUUCCCCGUGCACCCGCCGCCGGCGCCCACCACGCCGCCCGCGCCGGGGCCGACGGCGCCCGAGCCCGACUCGGACGCGUCCGACCGCCCCGCGGACCCCGCCUGAACACCCGAGAGGACCUAUCAGCCGGAACGAUUAGGAAAGUUCAACGAGAGUGAUUACAAGCUCGAGUCGAGGAUCCGGCUCAGGACGCCCUCGACGGAUAAGCCUCAAUCUGAUACGAACGAUAGGAAACCUUCGCCGAAAGCGGAUCCGGAUCGAACCGAUCUCGAAGGAGAAUCUUGGAAAGACGUUGACCGAAGAAAACGAGACUUCCUCUUUUCUACGAGAGAAAUUGAGAGAAAACUAUCCGUUGAUUUAGAUCAGGAUGUCAAAGAAGGCUUAGAAAAAAUUGUGCACGAUUAUGAAACUAGAACAGAGAAAAGUGUAACAUCUGAUACACAAAUAGCUGAAAACUCGGAAGCCAGCGGUGAAUCGCUGAAUAAUAAGAAACUCGAUCAUGCCGAUGAUAUCAAGGUUAAGCGAUCUGAUAGCUCCAAUCUUGGCGAGGUUUUCAAUUCAUCAAAUGGAUCAGAUAAAAACAGUGUCUCAACUGAUGAACUAUCUGACAAGAAACCAAAGCUAGUUGAUAUAAUCACAGAGAAACUGGAAUUCAAAAUAAAGACGGAAUCAACGAUAGAAAAAGAAAUUCGAACAAGUUUGGAAAACGAAAGUAAAGUUGUUGAUAUACUUUUUCCACUUAAGACAGAAAGUGUCGUCAAAAAGGAAAACCCUAUAUCUAAUCAUAUUAAAAAAGAAAUUUUAGAAGCUGAAGUUCCCCAAAGUAACCAUUUAAACAACUUAAAUCAUUCUAUUAAAACCUCAAAAGAUUUUUCUGAUCUAAGUCAAGAACUGAUCAAAGCAACUGAAAAAAAUGGAAAAGAGAGAUAUAAUCAAAAUAUUAUCUUUGAAGCAAUGCAAAAUAACAAAAACAUUGAAAAAGAAAAUAUUGAAUUUGACAAAUGUUUUGAAAAGGAGAAAUACGGCGUGAAUUCGUUUUUUUCCGAAGUAAAUAAAGUCGCAGAUAUUGAAAAAAACAUGGAAGAUCGUGUGAAAACUGAACGUGACAAAACACGUCAUAAAGACCGACCAGAAAAACAUGAGCACAGCAGAGAUAAAACAAAGAAUAAUCGAAAUGAGAGAGGGUUGGAGAAACAUGAUAAGGAUAAAAAAACAAAAGAUGAAACAUGUAUAGAAAAACAACAUGCUGACAAAGUGAAAGUAGAGAAAGACGGAGAAAAAUUGUUCAGAGAUAAAAAUGACAAAGAGUCUGAAAAAAAUAAACAUCACGAAGAAAAAUAUUCUCGUCACGACCAUCACAAAAAAGAUAAAUAUGAAAAGGACAGGAAAAAGGAAUGUGUGGAGAUAGACGUUUUUGCUAAAUCAAAAAAAGACGACAAAACUAAAUACGAUAGACCCAAGAAGGACGGCGAUUUAAAACGAGACACUAAAAAAGAAAUUGACACUAAAGUUCGGAAAUCUUCCAGGGAUGAGUCUUCCAGAGAUUUAUGUCGAAAGGAUUCAACAGACUCGUCUACGUCACGAGCUUCACAAGAUUCAACGAAACUGAAAGAGUCUGAUGGCAAUGAUAAUAAAGAUGAAUCUAAAAACAAAUCAAAACUUUCUAAUGAUUUAACACCAAAACAUAAAUCUGACAAAGAGAUGACACUGAAAUUUAUUGAUCCUUUAAAACUCAAUCCAACUGUUAAAAUCAAAACUACUGAUAUAAAGGAUGAAAAACUUAUCAUAGAGCAAUCUGUCAAAACUGAAAAUUCCGUAGAAACUACGUUUAAGAGCAAGCCUGAAAUAACUGAAAAACAGCGACAUUAUUCCCUCGAUUCGCCUGGUUUUGAUGCAAAACGAAAGGAGCGUCUGAAUUCUUGUUCUAGUUUACCUUCUCAACUUGGACAUAAACGCAGGAUGUCAUCACAAGAUACAUUUGACUUUCUUAACGAAGAUAACAAAAAAAGUAAGAACGAGAAUAAAGGUCCCGACCGCAGAGAUUCUAAAGAUUUAUCACGAGGUGUGGACCGACAUAAAACUACAAAGUUCAGCAAAGGCUAUUUUGCUAAAAUUAUUGAAAGUAAAACAAAAGAUGACAAGAAAACUCAAGUAAAACCGCCUGAUGAAGAAUGGAAAGAAAACAACGAUAUAAAGGAUAAACAAGAUAAAUCAAAGCCACAACGUAGGAGUCCGAAGGAAGAUAGUGAAGAUAAGCUCAAUAAUAGUUCUGACACUCAACCCGAAGGUUUACACAAUGACCUGGAUUUUCUUGCUACCUUAGAACUUAGAUCAAGCGAAGAAGAUGAGAGACAAAAAGCCCUACGAAAAGAAAUGAAAGAGAAGAAACGCAUUCAACAAUUGCAACAAAUUCAGGAACUUGAAAAGAUGAAACAACAAGAUGGUUUACAACUUGGGGAUAAAAACAAAGAUGACAAAAAGCAAAAACACGACGAAAAGAAAAAGGAGGCAGCUCGUGAAAAACGAAUGUCUACUGAUCGUAAAAGCAGAGACGAAAAAGCUGAUAAUCAAAAGCGGAAAAAUCGUAAACUAACGCAGAGCACAGAUACUUCGGAUUCUGAUGAACCCAAGAAACAUUCAAUAUUUGACAUUGUUGACGAAGGGCCAACAUACAUAUCGAUGUAUGACAAAGUCAAAGCACGUUCGUGCAAAAAUAUGCAGAAACAAGAAGAGGAAAAGCGCCAAGAGAAGAUCAAAGCGAAAUUUAGCCAAUUAAAGCAAAGCCGGGCUAAACGAGAGGAAAAGAAGAGAUCAAGUUGGGAUGAAGACAGUGACUCUGAGAAUGACGGUGGAAGGAGAAGACCACAAAAACUUUCUAUGGACAGUUCCUCUGAAGAAGAACAGGUCGCUUUUCAAAGUAAGAAGCGCGAGAAAUCGCGAUCUUUUGAUUAUGAUCGUCGACAAGUUAAUGAAUUUUUAAAUAUCACUAGUACUGAAGAAGAUACACAAAACAAGUUGUCCCGUAAAAACUCGAGAUCACGUAUAAUAUCAGAUACGUCCGAUGACGAAAUGUCUAAGAGGAGAAGUAUUAGUAAAAGUCCAAAUAUUCACAGUGAAAUUAAGAAAGAGCGUUUAUCUGACUCAGAGUUACUUAACAGUAGAAAAGACGACACUGUAACUGCCGUCGAAUCAAGCUAUGACAAAAUAAAGAAAACCUCAUUAGUUCAACUGUUUGGAAAGAGUGAUAGCGACGACAGCAAAUUGAAAUCUAGUUUAGGGACUGAAAAUGAGUAUAAACCGUUUUUUGCACCAAAUUGUAAUGAUCUCUCUUCUGAAAGCGAGUCGAUGGCUCUGCAUAGGCAUUCUGGAGAAGUCCGUAAAAAACAUAAAAAACGCCAAAAGAAGCACAAAUUCUCUUUUUCAGACGAUGAAAUAAAAGGGGAAAAUAAUGACGGUGGUUCCAAACACCGACAUUCAGAUAAAGUUCGACGUCAUAGCAAUAAAAAAGAUAAAAGGAAAGAUAAAAUUCGCGAAAGCGUCGAAGGUGAUGAAAGUCGAGACGAGAAAAAUAAGUCUAGAAGAAAUAAAACGUUGCUUAAUAAUUUCUCUGAUAUAAUCUUAGAGGGCACAUCCAAUAAUACUAAAAAAGAAGGCAAAAUGGAAGACAUUUUUGGUCCAUUGUCUGAUGACUCCGAUAAAGAAUCGAAGGCGAAUAUACACAAACAGAACUCUAUACUACAUGAAUAUGACAACACUAUGCCUGUGUCUAAUGACAAUAUGAACAAACUAACAUCUGAUGAGACGAGACAAAGAGAAAAGGAUGAACUAAAGCGCAAACGAGACAAAAAACGCAAGGAAAAACGAUAUUUUUCGAAAGAAGAUGAGAACAGUUUGGAUGUGGAUGCUGUCAGUAAAGCAAUUGAGGCAAGAUUAUUUGCAGAUGCAGUCAAUGAUGAAGAUACUUGUAUCCGAGCAGUGUCGCCAUUGGAAAGCAUAUCUAAGCAUGAACACAAUGACGUAAACUACAUGGACGAAGACUUAGUAAUUGAAACGGGCAUUAGUGAAGGUACUGAUAAUAUGAAGCGCGAAUGUAGAGAAAAGAAAAAGAAGAAGAAGAGGAGUAAAGAAGAACGACAAAUUAGAAAGGAACAUCAUCUCUUUCACAAUCAUAACAAAAUUGACAAAUCUGAUGAAAUUAUGUGCGUUAAUUCAACUAUAUCAUUAUCACCCAAAACUUUAUCUGAGAUCCCUAUGCCAAGCGACCCAGAAUCUACAUCAGCCACGAACAAAUCUGAUGACUGUGUUCUUUCCGAAACACAUAGUUUGCCGAGGUUGUCAGAUAGCCCAGUAAUUGUGAUUCAAGCAGAUGAUAAUGCUGAUACUAAAAGCAGUAGCUCAACUUGCGAUGAAAUGAAACUGAUGUCUAAUGAUUUUCCCGCCAUAGAAAUUGAUAAAAUUCCAAUGCCUGCGUCGGAUGAGCCAAUGGUGCAAGAUAUUAGCGAAAUACCUUUACCGGAAGAUCCGGAACCCGUUAAACUGACAAGCAAAUCCGAUCACGUAACUACUUCCUUUAAACCUAUAGAAACAGACGUCAGUGAAGAUGCUGUGCGGAGUAUUUCUAACUUAGAAAAAGAGCCUGACAAGAACAAUGACAAGACUGAUCUGCUUGCUAGUCCAGUUGAAGAGAAAGUUAUUGAGAAACCUAGGGCUAUUAUUUCUCAAGAAGAAACUGCUGACGCUGUAGCAGCUCUACUAGGCGAGAGCUUCGGAGAAAAAGAAAAUUCAUUUGCGUAUGAAGAAAACGAAAACCCAUCAACACAUCAAAUUGAAAUCGAAAGUUCUAACAUGGAAAGUGAAAAUAUACCUGAAGAAGAUGCUGAAGAAAUGAGACAAGCGGUCCAAAAUUUAAAUGCAAGCGAAAUGGAGAAACCGGAUACUCCUGUUUCUGACAAUGAUCUCAACGACCUUUUAAUUGACACUGACACUGAGGAAGCCGAGGAAACUGCACAGGACGCCAUAGAAAGGUUGCCAGUGAAUAUAAUUGCAACUAAUCAGUCCUUAAAUGCCAAAACUGUUCAGGCAACAGUUUCUACUAGUGUUUCUUCUGCGACUUCUAAUGUAAUAAUUUCUAAACCAAUACAAACUAUGACUGUUUCGGAACCGGAAGCUAAGGUCAAAGCAAGCGAAGCUGAUAAUAAAUUCCCACCAGUAAAAAGAGAACAUUCUCAUCAAAUUACGUCUACGGCUACUCCUGUGAUAACAUCUUGGACACUGACAAAUAAUAAAUUGAUAGAACCACAUAUUUUAAAUAUACAGCCUAGUAAAAUGGUAGGAAGAGAUGUAAAUGAAAACAAACCUCGCCAUAUAACAGCUAACAUAGUACAAAUAAAAGCUCCACAUAGCCAGAAUUUACAGAUUAAUAACACAAGACCAAUAAUUUCUACUAACAGGAUGAGUGCUCCUUAUCAAGUAAUUAAUCAUGUGAUUCGUCCUCAGACAAAUAUGCAACCACCUACAAUAAAAAUACCAGAACCCCACAUAUUGUAUCAAAAGCCUCAAGGUAUAGUCAUUUCACCUCGACUAUCGACUGAUCCUCGUCUGCAAAGUCCGAAGGCUAGUCCACAAGGCCUAGAUGGCAUGACCUCGCCACGACUCACGAAUAUGACAAUCUUGAGUACUUCGCCCCAGAACUUAAAUGUUGGGAUGGCAUCUCCUAAUACAAUGCAACAAAGAUCUCCUGGUCAAGUCACUGUAGUACGAAUGCAACAACCACCUUUAAGUCCCAUUCAGGGAGUGCACAUACAACAUGGUGCUCGCACUAUGGUCUCGCCUAACCGACCUAAUUCAGUUUUAGUACAAACUCAAGGAGCCCCGAUACAUUUCAACCGAUUACCGGUGACACCAGUGUUAGCACCUAUUUCAAAACAAAUCAAAGCAAUUGGAGUUAGCACGUCUCCGUUGCUCCAUCAACAUAAAAUUGUCACCGAAGAUGGAAAAGGUGAUCAACAAAGAACUGGACCUGAUCAUAGUAAUACGAAAAUUAUUUUGUCUCCUACAAAUUUACCGCCAAGCACUAAUCCUACAGUAAUGGCUCAGAAUCGUCUUAUAUCGAUGCAAAACAUGCAUGGUGCAACUAUGAAUUCACCUUUAAAUAUUUCUAAUAAUAAAGGAAUUUUCACCAACGUGAAUCAAAUAUCAGAAAAGCGAGAAAAUUCUGCUCAAAAAGUAGAUCAACAUAAUCAUGUGUCAUUUGGCACAACUCCGGUUUUACACGUCAGUGGAAUAAAUCAUACAUCAGCGUCUAUUAUUCAGAAUUCGUCGAAGCCAGUAAUGUGUACAAUUCAAGAAACUAACGUCAGUAGAGGUCUCGGGUCGAACGUAAUUCACACUAUAAGCACACCAAGAGUGUUAACAUCAGCUCCUAUCACAAACGUUAUUCAAAUAGACGCUAACAAACCACCAGCUUCUGUAUUAUCAAUGGCUACUAUUCGACCGCCGACUGUCCUUACAAAAUUAGAAUCUGCCAGUACUGGUAUCACAACUAGCACACUCACUAAUGUCGUAAUGACGCCAUUGUUACUAAAAACAAGUAAUGCCCCUAGCAUUCCCCGAAUAAACAUAAAAAGCGAUAUGAGUAGUGAUACUCAUUCCACAACAAUAAUUCAAAAUCAUUUGAUUCGUGAUAAAGUAGAAAAAAUGAACGAUAAAGAAAUAAAUUGCAAACCUGUAACGACUACAAGCGAUGUGCAGGAGAAACAAAAAGAUAUAAUACCCUCAGUUAAACCACCUAGCACGCCUAUAGAACACAAUUCUAAAUGCGAAACCGAUUUUGAAGAGCUAUUAAAAGACACUACAAAUGAGAUUAAAGUAACCAAUGACCCAGAAAAAAAGUUAGAAAUAAAUGUUGGAAAAAAUGUUACGUUAUUCACUCAAACUCGUGAGAGACGUGACAGUAUUGAUUGUAUCAAGGAAAUGCAAAGACCUGACGUCCUCACUCCAGAAUCAACUGCGUCUGAGGGGUCUGUGAGCUCCCAAAAGGAAACAAAACUCUUCAAUGAUAUGAUUGACAAAGAACAGUCAAAUAUUGGUACCCAAGAAUCCCCCAUCGAUAAGAAUUUAAGCGAAAUAAAGAAAGAACUUUGUGAAGAUACAAAUGAGACUGCUAAAAAAGUAAAUCCGAUUAAUAACAUCUUCAGAGCAUCGGAAAAUUUGUCGAAUAAAAUCCCAGAAGGAAAUAAACUUUCGUCGUUCCUUUUGCAAGAACCUAUCGAUAGCCAAAUAAAAAGUAUUGACGAAAACGAUUCAUGGAGUGCAAAAGACGUGAAUAUUGAAUCGGUUAUCAAGAAAGUUGAUUCUUUGUGCAACGAACCAUAUGAAGAAAAGAAAGAUGAAAUUAAAUCUGAGACUGACUCAAAAACUGGUUCAAAUACUUCAGAUUCGUCAAUAGAGUCGAUGCCACUGCCUAACUUAGAAACCGCAAAGCACACGGACACUGAGAUUGUUACAGAUAUGACAGAUGGCGUAAUAAAUUCAGAAAAAACUACUCCCAGUAAAAGAGGCGGCCGUAAUGUCAGGGGAAAACGAAACGAAAAGAACUUGGACAGAGUGCAGACUCGGCAGAUCUCCAAGCCGGCUCGAGGAGGAGCGGUAGCCAAGCGAGGAGGAAGAGGUAGAACGAAGGUCGACAAGAAAAUAAAAAAUGCACUCAACACUAUGUCUAAUAAUAUGCCCGGCGAUGUAUAUGAUUUUCAUGAAGACUCUGGGGAUGAAUCUGCCACAUCACCUAACAAAGCGGAAUCUCGUCCAAGACUCAUAUUAACAAUCAAAAGUCCACUAGGUCAUUCCAAUGCAAUAGCUACGUCAACUCUUAGUAUCGGACAAAAAGAAGCGCUAAAAAAUACCGAAAAGACCGCCAAUAAAGAUGAAAAACAGGAAGACUUUGUUUCUCCAUCUCCAAAUACACGGAAGUCUAGACGGCUACAGGAGAAAGACGUUCAGCGUAGUACAGUCGACGACGUGAUAGACGACGUUAUCAAGGGUGGAACUACACCAACAAAAGGUGCCAAAGAGCCAAAUAAAAAGAGAGCGACAAGGCAGUCGGGCGCUAAGAUGAAUCAGGAUAAAACGAUCACAUCUGACACGAGAAAAUCUCCUCGAGGUACGAAACGUUCUCGGGAUAGAAGUCUUUCAUUCUCUGAUGCGUCUAUGGAUAGUAGCGAUGAAAAGGUCACCAAGAAAGACGAUAACGUGAAAGACCCAAAGAUACCGAAACUAGCCGAAACAUCCGUUACGCCAAAGUCCGAAGCGGAAACGGAGGUUUCUAAACCUGCUAUCAUGCCGGUUCAGAACCCACCGGCCCCUUCGGCCACGCUCGCCGCAUGUCUGCCUGUCGUCGCCGGCGCGUCAGUCCCGAACCACCUGCCGGUCGUCAACAACGCUCUCAACGUCCACACCUCAUCGUCCGCUAGCAAAGCUCCUUGUAACCCUCCCGUCGUCAACACUCCAGCGACAAGCGGCUCGUUCGUCAUCAACUCGCCCGCGGUCAAGCCGAUCCCUCACUCCGCGCCCACCCCCAUCAUGAAACCACCGAAGAAGAUGAUAUCAGAAAAGCUAGCCAUCGAAUCCGCCGCCACGGCCAACUUGGCCUCCGGGAUGGAGCUCGGCGCGGACAAGGUGCCAUCGGUGCCGGACAAGCACGUGCCGCCGCCGCGCGAGUUGCGCCAAGAAGCGGAGAUGGCGGCCGCCACGGGCGAGGGCGACUCGUUCGGCCGCCGGCCGGACGGCGCGCCCGGCGUGCCCGGCGUACCGGCCGCGCACAUGAUGCCCGUGGGCGCCACCGAGGCCACGGACGAACGCGUGCAGUCGCCCGCGCUGCCACAUCGCAUCCGCCCGGCCGACCGAGCCACGCCUGUACUAAUGAGGGCCGGCGAGGGCGAGGGCGCGGGGCUGCGGGCGCGCUACGGCAGCGUGGCGAGCCUGCCGCGCGGCGCGCACCUGCCGCAGCCGGCGCCGGCGCCGCUGCUGCCCGCCAAGCCGCCGCAGGCUGCGCCGCAUCACCCUGGAGCCGCUUCGCGAGGCACCAUCACCUGCGUACCGACCAUCAGCCCCCAGGGACAAAUAGCCUUGAGCGAUGGAAUGUAUCCUCAUUUCUCACCCCAGCAUUACCAGAUGUACCAACAACACUUCAGAGUUGCGCAGGCACAAGACACCCGGCCCACGCCCUCGCAAUAUCCAAGAGUGCUGGAAGCGGACGUGUCGGAGGCGCCGACGCCGCCGCUGGAGCUGCGGCGGCCGCCGUCCGCGCGCGUGCCGCGCCCCGCGCACUCGCCGUCGCCCGCCGACCGACAUAUCAUGUACGCCGUGGGCUGCGGGCGCUCGCCGCCGCCGGCGCACGGCGGGGGCGCGGGCGCGGGAGCCGCGGCGCGCCUGGCCGGCGCGCUGCCGCCGCCGCCCGGCCCGCCCAUCGCCAGCCAGGUGCCGCGCGAGGCCGACUCGCUGCAGAUGCUGCUCCGGCGCUACCCGGUGAUGUGGCAGGGCCUGCUGGCGCUGAAGAACGACUCUGCGGCGGUGCAAAUGCACUUCGUGGGCGGCAGCAUGGACGUGGCGGGCGACACGCUGCCGCGCCACACGGACGGCUCCACGCCGCCGCUGCGCAUCGCGCAGCGCAUGCGCCUCGAGCCCGCGCAGCUCGACCAGGUGCAUCGCAAGAUGAAGAUGGAAAACGAACACUGCAUUCUACUGGCGCUGCCGUGCGGACGCGACCACAUGGACGUGCUGCAGCAGUCCACCAACCUCAGCGCCGGCUUUAUCACCUACCUGCAGCGCAAGCAGGCCGCCGGCAUCGUCAACGUCGCGCCGCCCGGACACCAUCAGGCUAUGUACACGGUGCACAUCUUCCCGUCGUGCGACUUCGCCAACGAGAACUUGAACCGCAUCGCGCCCGAUCUCAUGCACCGCGUGGCCGACAUCGCGCACCUGCUCAUCGUCAUCGCCACGGCGCCGUGAGUGGCGCCGGCACCGGCACCGGCCGUGCGUGACACCGCAGUAGUACAGCCGCGAGCCGCAGAGGCUAGCGGCUGGGUGACAUACCUCGCCGCGGACAGGCCGCUCCUUCCGGCCGCCUCGUGCCUUCGCCUGUAACCUUUCCGCUCUCCGCGUCCGCGGCGAUCCUCGGAUUGACACACCCUGAAUAUGACGAUUCCCGUUUACGACAUCGGAAACCUACGAUCGGAAAUGAAACUUAACGCGCCGAUUAGAUGAUUAAUAAUAACGCAUUGUAAAUACGGCCAGGUUGUGAAACUUUCUUAACUUUAUUUUUUAUCUUAGUUAGCGACUGACCUGGUAGAGACCGUCGAGAGACCGACGUGAAAGCUUUUCAAUAGUGGACGGAAUGAUAAAUGUUCGUAGGAAUUGAGUCUUAAUACCUCUAUGAAGCUGAACUCUCGUUGUAGUGAUGUAACGUUAGUUUAUUUAUUGUUACGGCGGGGCCGCUGCGAUGGCUUCGCCCUGUAUAAAGAAACUCUCACAUGAAUAGGUAAGCCGCCGUCACUUAUUUAAGUGCUAGAUUUAAGAAUUAGCUUAUUUGUAAAAUACUUUUGUUAUGGUCGACUGGGUUCGACGUUAUUCGGAGUUUAAAUUUAUAUAAAAAAUAAGAUAAAUAAAUGGCAAAAGUCGGUUGAUAAAAAUAUAUUUUAGUUUUGGGUUCCGUUAGAUGAGUGGCAAUCUAUCGAGCAUUUUUUUAUUGUUAGUGUAUAUUGUUAUUUUGUUUUAAGCGACUAGGUCUAAAAUAACUUAAAUUCUGUAAAUACCGAAUCUAUUCGUACUAAAAAUUCGAUUUAUUCGCUUAGAUAACGGUAGGUAAAGGAAAACUCAUCGUUCGAGUGAACACUGUUUAUUUGUAAAAAUGUUAGUCGAGAAGUAUAUUAAAAAGUAAGGGAUAAAAAUACACAUGGAAAAUAAACUGUGAUUCUGACUUUUUAAUGUAGACUUUAGGUAGUCUUAUGGAAAAUGAAGAGCCCUGAAACGCGGCGCGCGCGUCAUGCGGCGACACGCGCCCGCGCCGUGCCCAUCCUCGUCCGCGUCCCUUCCCCCGCCCCACACGCGAGGGGCGCCGACAACACCCGCCCGCGCCGAAUGCCACCGGUAGCUCCGCCCCGCCCUCCGCUCGUCUCUCGUGCCUCGAGAACACGAGUCGCGGUGCGCCGUUGUGGCAUUCGCCGAACGGUCCGGGAAUGUGAUUGUAAUUAUUUUUCGUUCGUUUCGAUGUGACGAAUGAUAUAUUCGAUCGAGAAUGUAUCAUUUCUUACAUCGAAGAUUUGAUUUAAAUUAAUUUUCAUUUUUGAUGUUUUGUUUUUUUGAAUGUGUAUUUUUCUAUGUGAGCUAUUGAGCCUCUGAUACUGAUUUUAGUACGUGACUUUUUUGAUAUCUCGUUGACAUCAUGUUGUUUAUUAUUAACCGCUCUUUUGUCGGUGCCCCUCCACCUUACGGUCCCCUCGCCGCCCUGUAGCGUGUGUCACGUCCCGAGCCAUCGCGUCUCUGCGGUUCCAGACGAUCACGUUCGUAAGCGCCGCGGUCGCUACGAUGCUUCUUAGCCGUUUCUUUUCUGUUUCCCUUGUAAACGUGUUGACUGCUAAAACUAACAAUAUUGUACUUCUCAUACAUUUGUCUGCAUUGUGUAUACUAGCGAAUCUACUUCCACGCAUUACACCUUCUGCCCCUUUAGUCCAAGGUGACAAACUCAUCGGCAUCUCGCAUAAAUUGUAUAGUUAGAUAAUGGUUCGACUGAGCAGUCGUACGUCAAAAGUACAAAAUAUUUUAUGUAUGGUAAUUUUGUAUGUGUAAUAAAAAUAGAAAGUAAUAGCACAGGUAAUAUUAUGUAUAUUAUUUUUAAGAUAUGAAACUGUAGAAUGUAUGAACGACAUUUGUUUGUCAUGUUUCCGUCGCAAACAGUUCUCGAAUUAGCUAGGAGGAACACUAACGAACUCAUCACUUCGUCCAUUAAUUUUAAAAAUAUAAUUUUAUUAACAUACAGGCACCCAAUGAUGUACACUAUAUUUAUUCCGACUUGAAGUCCUUAUAAAGGAAAUCAAUGUAAAUAAGUCUUCAUAAAACUUAGAUACAGUAUUUAGGCUUCAUAUUGAAAAUUAUGAGAUAGGUAACAAAUGAGAAUUAUGAAAGAAAUAUUUAUUGAUUAUCGUAAAAUUGGUAUUUACUCAUUUUCCUUGUUUAACAAGGAUGUAGUUAUCUUAAUAUCAUAAUAUCUGUCGCAGAUGAUGAGUACCUAUAUAAUGCCUAUAUCCUAUCCACACAACCUUAUGUAUAUUUCAGUCUGCCCAAAAUAUAACUGCAUCCUUACUUUAUGCUACUGAAAAAUGUCAAUUAUUAAUAUUUAAUACUUUGUUAAAUUCAGGCUCCACUGAUCGACCGUUUACAUAGUUCGGUUUAACAGUGUCGUUCAGUAAGGUAAGGUAAUGCAGACUUAAGUAAUGUAUGUGUACGCGAGUAUGUAUUUGUAUGGUAAUGUGAGAAGUAUAAUAUGGUUUCGUUAGGCGAUGAUUCCCUCGGACGGGCGGCGCAGCGUCGGCGGCGCUAGCGCCGGCCGCCCGCGGUCGCGGCUCCGCGGGCUCGCUCCGGGCGCCGGCGAGCUGUGGCCUGUGGCGGCGGCUGCCGCCCUUGUGUGAGAUAUAGAGUUUAACUAUUUGUAAAAUUAACAUUUGAUCUCAAGCGUGCAGCAAAAGUGAAAGUGAGAGAGUAAGAUUGUUGUAUCGCAGCAGCCGCAUCCAGACGCCUCCGCUCCCGCCCCGUAUCGGUUUUCAUUAUAGCAGAGCUAAGGAUAUAAAAAUAUUGUGAUCAUAAUUAUAUUAUAGGUUUAAAAUGCUAGGAAUUAGGAGUAAUUGUAUAUUUUGUACAUAUUGAAAAUAGUAUUGUAUCUUACUUCCCUUUAUCCAAACAACCCAGACUCCUGCGUGUUAUGUACCUCCUACCUACCAAUACUAUUAAAAAAAUAUUACAUAAA